AUGAUAGGGUUACGCCGGCUUAAUGAAGCUAAAAGUUACCUUGUCCUUCAAGAAUUUGCCAAAUGUCUAGAAGAAUGUCGUGAUGGUUUACUUGAAUGUAACGUUUCUAACAAUCUCAGCUCGGAAGCGAAAAGCGCCUCGUUAUUUAUUAUGAUCAAUAAUUUUGAACUUGCUCAAAUUAUGAUCGAAGACUGGUUAAACUAUUCUGAUAAUAAAGAUAAUCUUUCCGAUUAUCAAACGGUUGUGGAUAACUAUAUUAUCAACGUUUUAAUGCCUACACGACAGUUCCGGAAGUUACGCCAAUUCAUUAAGGACAACGAAGCCUUUCUAGAUCGCAAUCGCGUAGAGGGCUACGUAGAGACAGCAAAGAGAGCAAUAAGUGAAAGUGAAACAACGGAUUGUAAAUAUGAAGACUUUCGCGAUGAUGCUCCAAUCAAUGAUGAGAUUGUAAAUUACCCUUCUACUGGUAAUUAG